AUGCCGUCCCCGACCCCGAGCCACCACCACGACCGAGGCCUCCUCCUCCUCGUACUCCUCCUACUCGCCGCGGCCGUCGCGUCGAUCGGCGAUGACGACACGUACGCCGUCUCCGCGUGCCGGUCGCGGCCGUACCUCUGCGGCGGCGUGAACAUCAGCUACCCGUUCUACCUUGCCAGCGACGACGCCAAGGCCGUCCCAGACCACGACGGCGAGUCCUACUGCGGCUACCCGGGCCUCGCCGUCAGCUGCGACGACGCCAACAACAAGGCCGUCCUGAAGCUCGGGGACGACAACUACACGGUCUCGGGCAUCGACUACGCCAACCUGAUCGUCUCGCUCGCCGACGCGGACGCCGCGGGCGCGGGCAACGGCGGAUGCCCCGUCGUGGACCACAACGUGACCAUCCCACCGGCCGUCCGGCUGUCCCUUAUUCUCCACAGCGUCGACUACCUCUUCUUCUUCGUCGGCUGCUCCUUCGGCACGGAGGCCGAGCCCGCUCCCAAACUGCCGAAGCCGCCGACCAUCAAGCCCAUCACCUGUGGAGACAUGGACAAACCGGCUUCCAUGACGUUCGUGCUCCCGCGCGGCGAGGUGCCUCCCGGCGACUGGUCGAGCGCGUGCCGGCAGGUUUUCGAAGUGCCAGUGCUCAAGAGCUCCGUCCCGUCCAAGGCUGUCGCUGAGGACCCGGUGUGGAGCCAUGGAGGAACGACGGGUAAGGCAAGGCCCUCCGCGCGGGGUUCCAGCUGGGCUGGGACCGGAGCUCCGGUCCGUGCGGCCAAUGCGAGCAGUCCAGCGGCAAGUGUGGGUACAACCGCGCCGGCGAGUUCCUGGGCUGCCUCUGCGCCGACGGCCGCGUGGGUGACGGCGGUUGCAUGUCUGUCACCAGUGCUCGGAGGCGCAGGCGGCGACUGCCCUGCUGUCCGCCAUGAAGUCAGCUUCGACGAGACAUGGCUGCAUAGCAGCAGCUACAACGACAACCUCACCUUCCUCUUCGGCUGCGACCCACGCGGUCCCAUGCCGACUGAAUUCGACGCAUACAAAAUCAACUGCACGCAGUUCAAGAGUCCGCCAGGUGCUGGCCCAGGAGACUCCUUCGUGGUCAUUAUGACUGAUGAACAUGACAGGUAUCUGGAGCAAGAAUUGGCUACGAAGUGCGGCAACACCAUAGUUGUCGCCGUGCCAGUGAGAGGCGAUGUUCUGAUGGCAGCAAGUUAUAACAAGAGCAACUUCACAAGCGGCGGAUACGGGGGCGUGCUUAAGCGUGGGUUCGAGUUGGAAUGGAGCCGUAUCACAGAGGAUGGGUGUCACCUGUGCGAGGCGUCGAACGGGCAAUGCACCUAUAGCCAGCACAGGGAAUUGCUGGGCUGCUUGUGCCACGGAGGGAAGGUGGGCAACCCGGACUGCAAACAUAUCGCAUCAAGACCAAAACGGAAAACAGCAAUUAUUGUUGGUAUUGUUGCAGGCACGUCGUUGUCACUUCUAUUCCUGUGUCUAGUUAUUCUCAAAUUCUUCUCCGCUUCUAAAGAUGGUUUGCUGCCCUUCAAAUCGAAGGAUGAACCAAGGGUUGAGUCAUUUCUACAAAAGAACAGGAACCUACAUCCAAAAAGAUACACUUAUGCAGAUGUGAAAAGGAUGACAAAAUCCUUUACUGUGAAGAUAGGCCAAGGUGGAUUUGGUGCUGUAUACAGAGGCCAGCUCUACGAUGGCCGCCAGGUAGCAGUUAAGAUGCUAAAGGACACCAAAGGUGAUGGAGAGGAAUUUAUGAACGAGGUGGCUAGUAUUAGCAGAACUUCUCAUGUCAAUGUUGUGACACUUUUAGGAUUUUGCAUACAAGGAUCCAAAAGGCCACUUAUUUACGAGUACAUGCCUAAUGGUUUGCUCGAAAGUUUCGCCUUCAAUAGCAACAUGAAUAGUGGAAAUUCACUAAGUUGGGAGAAAUUAUUUGACAUAGCAAUUGGCAUGGCCAGAGGACUUGAAUAUCUCCACCUGGGAUGCAAUACUCGAAUCGUGCAUUUUGACAUCAAACCACAUAACAUUCUAUUAGAUCAGGAUUUCUGUCCUAAAAUCUCUGACUUUGGAUUGGCCAAGCUAUGCCUAAAUAAAGAGAGUGCUAUCUCCAUUGCUGGUGCAAGAGGGACAAUAGGUUAUAUUGCCCCAGAGGUUUACUCAAAGCAAUUCGGAAUAAUAAGUAGCAAGUCUGAUGUGUAUAGUUAUGGAAUGAUGGUCCUUGAGAUGGUUGGGGCAAGGCACAGGAAUACAAGUGGAAAUAGUGAAUCAGUAGUCAAUAUUUCCCUCAGUGGAUUUAUGAACAUCUGGAUGACUACUGUAUCAGUGCUUCUGAGAUUAAUGGUGAGAUGA